AUGUUCUCUUAUACUGGUAGUGGCCCUUACUGCUAUGCCCACAGCCUGUACAUGGUCCUACAAGCUUCGGGCUACGAUCCGCAAUCGCUACCUUCGUCAGGCUUCAUUGAGUGUCUCACAACAAUGCCCUUUGGCAAACUCUUCAUUUGCCUUGACACUGGCCCGGUUUCCUUUUUCAAUAACCCAUACACCAAUCCGGAUGACGGCAUCAAUGUGGCCCUGAAGACGAUGGGCUGGGCAUGCAAUAACCACCACGGUGGUGAUGCUGCUUCAGCCUUGCGUGCACUGCGUGAGGCAGUCAUCCAUGGGCCUGUUCUAGCUGGCCCUCUCAAUAUGGGCUACCUCUCUUACAAUCCGAACCAUACCGCGCUUAAUGGAGCCGACCACUUCGUUGUGGUCUUGGACGUGGACGAUGACAAGGGAAUGGUUCUGCUACACGACCCGGCGGGAUAUCCAGCCGUGCUCCUACCGCUAGAAGAAUUUAUUGAGGCGUGGCGUGGUGAGGGUAUAGAGUAUAUCAACCAGCCAUUUGUGUUUCGCUCUCACUUCCGCCACGUUGAGGAUAUUUCCCGGCCCGACAUGAUUGAGCGCACGAUUGGCAUACUUCAGGACCAAAUUGAAAGCAACGUCAUGUUUCCUGGUUCCUCAGGCGGGGUCUCAGCGCUGCGAUUAACUCUGGAUGCUGUGAAAAAUGGGUUGCCGAGUGUCGUGGAUGACCUUGCUGUAUUCACUUUCCCACUCGCGGCAAGGCGUUACCUGGAUGCGAGGGACUUCCUAGCUGAGGCUGGCCUGAUGGAUGCUGCUGAAAUCAUGGAACAACAGGCAUUGUUGGCUGGUCAGGCACAAUACCCGGCUGCGCACGGGAAUUGGAAGGAGGUUAUCCUGGUUCUCGAGAGACUUAUGGACCUUGAAGAUCAGCUAACAAAGUCCUUCAAGGCCAUGACUUAG